AUGGAGGCUCUCUUCAAUAUUGUGGUCCUCCAAGUUACUGUCUUCUGGGAUGGCAUUGUCUCCAAGAACUCGCCCCAGAAGAUCGAAUUUGUGGGAACUCUCCUCGUUCAAAUCUUCUUUUUCUGGAUCCCCGCAGUCUGCUAUUUACUAUUGGAUGCAAUAGCACCGUCAUUUUCCCAUCGGCACAAGAUCCAACCAGCUCCUAAACAGCCAACACGCCGGGAAAUAACUCGCUGCUUUGCCGUUGUUGCGCAGAACCAGAUCCUCUCAUCUGUGCUACACCUCGCUCUUCUUUACUUAGCAAGUCGUGCGGGCUCGGAAUCUUCAUAUCGCAUAGAGAAAUCACUGCCAUAUUUCACCGAGAUCACUCGUGACGUGGUUCUGAGCCUGUUGAUGCGUGAAGUUCUGUUCUACUAUAGCCACCGGCUUCUGCAUGUCCCCUUCCUUUACGUGCGCAUCCAUAAGAAACAUCAUCGCUUCACUGCCCCCAUCGGACUGGCCGCUCAGUUCGCGCAUCCGAUUGAACAGAUAUUCGCCAACGCGUUGCCCAUCUCUCUACCCCCACAGCUGCUCCACAGCCAUGUCUUGACUUUCUGGCUUUUCCUAUCCUAUGAGCUAUUCAAUACCGUCACCGUGCAUAGCGGAUAUGAUUUUUUUCACAACAAGGCCAAGAUGCACGAUCUGCAUCAUGAGAAGUUCAACCUGAACUACGGGUCGGUUGGGUUGUUGGAUUGGGUACACGGCACAAAUAGGUUGGAGAAGAAGCGCUCUGACUGA